AAACAAAAUCUACAACUUUCCGCUGCAAAGGAGCGGACGUCGUUGCUGUGUUUGGUAGAGUGAACGAAUAAUGAGUCAUUUUUGUGUUCUUAUUUAAUCAUACGUGUAGAGCACCUGUUCGUUUUGAGCGGUAUAGAGUGGAUUUGUAGUGUCUAGGUUGAAAUCGCUCACAGAAGAAAGGAUCUGAUGCAGAAAGAGCCGAUGUCAUUUGAUGAUGCGGAUCUGAGGGCGGCUGUCUCUCCGGAGGCUGAGGACUCUCCUCCGCCGCGGAGCUCCGCUGGAAAACACGCCGUGACCGUUCUCUGGUCUUUUGGAAAGUACCUCGGCGCCUUACUGCCGGUCUACCUGGCUGGAUAUUUCGGAUUCAGUAUCAGUGUAGUUCUGCUUGGUCUCGUGGUUUAUAUUGGAUGGAAACACAGUCGCGAUGAAAAACAAGCUCGACUUCAAAGCGCGAUGUAUUUUGUGGAGAAUGAGCAGGUUGUCACCGCUACACGGGUAUUUGGCAGUAGACGGGAAUUACCGGCAUGGGUGAACUUUCCUGACGUGGAAAAGGUUGAGUGGAUGAACCAGAUAUUGCAGCAUGCCUGGCCAUUUAUUGGACAAUGUCUAGAGAAGCUGAUGGUGGAGACUGUUGCCCCUUUGAUCCGAGCCACCAGCACUUAUCUGCAAACGCUCAGCUUCACCAAAGUUGACUUGGGCAACAGGGCUUUGAGGGUAGUUGGGGUGAAGGCCUACACUGAGUUUGAUAAGCGUCAAGUGAUACUGGAUCUUUAUAUCAGUUAUGAUGGAGAUCUGGAGAUUAACGUUGAAGUGAAAAGGUACUUCUGUAAAGCUGGAGUGAAAGGCAUUCAGUUCCAUGGAAGAUUGAGGGUGAUCUUGGAACCUCUAAUUGGAGAUGUUCCUCUCAUUGGAGCCAUCACCAUGUUCUUCAUUCGCAGACCUAAACUUGACAUCAACUGGACAGGCUUGACCAAUUUACUAGACAUACCUUGUUUGAAUGCCAUGUCGGACACUAUGAUAUUGGAUGCAAUCGCCUCUUUCAUGGUUCUCCCUAAUCGUCUCACUAUUCCUUUGGUGGCCAAUCUGCACGUAGCACAGCUUCGUUCCCCUCUCCCACGGGGUAUAGUGCGUAUCCACUUGCUGGAAGCAGAAAAUCUUGUUCCCAAGGAUUUCCAAAUGAAAGGUUUGAUAUCUGGGACGUCUGACCCAUAUGCAGUGCUACGGGUGGGCACACAGACCUUCACCUCCCAACAUGUCGAAAACAACCUUAAUCCUCAGUGGAGGGAGAUGUACGAGGUGAUUGUUCAUGAAGUACCUGGUCAGGAGCUGGAGCUGGAGGUGUUUGAUAAAGAUCCUAACCAGGAUGACUUUCUUGGAAGAAUGAAGCUGGAUUUAGGUAUAGUAAAGACAGAAGUCCUUUUGGAUGAGUGGUACACUUUAAGGGAUGUGGCAUCAGGUCAGGUUCAUCUCAAGCUAGAAUGGCUGUCUCUGCUGCCCUCUGCAGAGCGCCUUGAUGAAGUGCUGGAGAGGAAUAAAAACAUAACGGUGUGCGGUAAAACAGCACAUCCUCCUUCUGCUGCCAUUUUGACUGUUUAUCUGGACCGGGCACAAGAUCUACCUUUCAAGAAAGGCAACAAGGAUCCCAGUCCCAUGGUGCAGAUUUCUGUACAGGAAACCACCAAAGAGAGCAAGACGGUGUAUGGGAAUAAUAAUCCAGUAUGGGAGGAAGCCUUUACAUUUUUUAUACAGGACCCACGCAAACAAGAUAUCGACAUCCAGGUGAAGGAUGAUGACAAGGCUUUGAGUCUGGGCACUUUGUCUAUCCCUCUGUCCCGUCUGCUCUCCAGCGCUGAGCUCAGCAUGGAUCAGUGGUUUCAACUGGAAAAGUCCGGACCGGCCAGCCGUAUCUACAUCACAGCUAUGCUGAGGGUGCUGUGGCUGAAUGAAGAAGCCAUCCUUACAAAACCUGUGUCUCCAGUACCCGGGGAAGGAGAUAAUGAAUCAGAAGUGUCUCCAGGGUUGACCCCCACCCCGAAACUUCCCGAGCACACUAGCCCAGAUGGCAAUUUUGCAUCUGAGGGUGUCCUGCGGAUUCACCUGGUAGAAGCCCAGAGUCUUGUCGCUGAGGACAUGGGGGAGGGAAAGAGUGACCCGUAUGUGAAGAUCCAAGUGGGGGGACUGGCCUUCAAGAGUCAGGUCAUCAAAGAGAACCUCAACCCCGUCUGGAAUGAACUGUAUGAGGUGAUCUUGACCCAGCUGCCAGGUCAGGAGGUGGAGUUUGACCUUUAUGAUAAAGACAUCGAUCAGGAUGACUUCCUUGGCAGGGUUAAAGUGAGUCUUGAAGAUCUCAUCAGCGCUCAGUUUACUGAUCAGUGGUAUACUCUGAAUGAUGUGAAGUCUGGACGACUUCAUCUUGUGUUGGAAUGGUUGCCUAAAAUUUCAGAUCCCACUAGACUUGAACAGAUCCUACAUUACAACUAUCGGCAGUCUUACCUCAAUAAAAUAGUUCCCUCUGCUGCGCUGCUUUUUGUGUAUGUUGAGAGAGCACAUGGUCUGCCUUUAAAAAAGAGCGGGAAAGAGCCGGAAGCAGGAGCAGAAGUGUCUCUGAAAAACGUAUCCCGCCGGACCAAAGUGGUCAAUCCCUCGACUUCUCCACAGUGGCAUGAAGCUUUUCAUUUCCUGAUUCGUAAUCCAUCAGAAGACACACUUAUAGUCAAACUCUCUCACAGCUGGGGUCAGGCUCUGGGCUCUCUUGGGCUUCCUGUGAGGGAGCUGCUGGAUCAGAAGGAUCUGGUGCUGGACCGCUGGUUCAGUCUGGAUGAAGCCAUGCCUGAAAGUCAGAUUCUGCUGAGAGCUGAACUCAAGCUCCUAGACAGCAAGUUGGCUCAAAAUGCAGAGGAUUCAAGUCCUGUCAUCCCCGCUGGAGACGCAGCUGCUGCAGCCAAUCCUGAGCUGCGACUCAGAAAUGUGUCCGUCCAAGGAGGUGAGGAUGCCAGUUCAACCAUGAAGGCCCAGGUGAAACUCUCUGUUGCCUAUUUAUCUGAGGAGAACCGAUUGGUUAUUACCGUCCAUGCCUGCAGGAACUUGCCGUCCUACUCUAAGGAUCCUCCAGAUACUUAUAUCUCAUUUAUUCUACUUCCGGACAAGAACCGGAGCACCAAAAGAAAGACCAGUGUUAAGAAGAAAAGUCUCAAACCUGAGUUCAAUGAGAGAUUUGAUUUUAACAUGUCACUUGAAGAAGCUAAGCAGAAACAUCUCGAAAUGUCUGUCAAGAACAGCGUUUCCUUCAUGAGUCGUGAAAAAGAGCUUCUUGGCAAGCUUCAGAUAGACUUGAGUCAGCUGGAUCUCAAGACGGGAGUAUUACAGUGGUAUGACUUGUCACAAGAGACCAACUGACUGGCCUUCCCAUGUUGUCCUAUUUGCAGUGCUUUAGAGUGGAGGGUGGUUUCAGGGAUGGUACUUAUCCUGACACUAGCAGGGGUCCUAGAGCAGUGUGUCAGGAACAAGAUUGAUCAUGGAAUUGCUGUGCAGCUAGCUUUCGCCCCAAAAUAGAGCCUGCUUGAUUUCCUUAUUAAACAAAUAAUGUUAGCACAAGAAGGC